GAUGCGAAAUCGGCUGACGACCGAGGCACAAAAAAGAAGUGAGAGCGAAAAUACGAAGAGCCGGCUGACGACCGUAGCGCAAAUGGAGGCAAGUGAAGGGACGCGAGAUUGAUGGAUGACCGUGCGGGAGGAUAGCAUGGAAGUUGCACGACCGGCUGAAAACUGACGUACAACAUGAGGGACAGUGAUCGUUGUAUCUGUAAACGAAGAGCCCAUCUAACGAGUAAACCCGAAAGCUCUGCAUGAACUUUGGAGCUUUUACAUGUUUACCACUACCAUUACAGUUUGGAGUAUUAGUAAAUAAAAAGAAGCGACAAAAGCGAAGUGAUGCAGUAGUGGUUUAAUGAACUUGAUUCAUGUUUUGUUUUGUUUUGUUUUGAUGUCCCAAGACAAAAUCUCAGUGCGUGACAAUAUAUAUCAUGUGAAGUUAUAUGAGCUAGUCAUCCCUGUUAUGCCUAGUUGACAACUUUGUUUACCAUCUCCAGCUGAUCAUUGUGAGUCUUAUAUUGACGACGACAGUGCAAAUGAGAUUAUCAGCGGGGACAUCGAAGCCGACGAAAUUAUUUCCCCAUUAAAAACUCUUGGAAACAGGACCGCAAGUUGACUUUCACGGGAGAACAAAGGAUUUCGUUAAUCUCCUGCGAACAGACCGCAACCUAUGAGGAGACGAAAACGAGCAAACGAUGACGAUUUAUCACUGCUUCAAUAAAGCUACUGUUUUGUUUUCGUGGCAUCCGUCGCUGAUGAGUACCGGGUACCUAUUUGCCGUUACGCUGUACGUCAUCACCAAUCCCAUCGUGACCACCAUCAGCAGAAAAAAAAAACAAAAACAGAAGAAAGAACAGCGCUAGGAAAAACUAUUUCGUUAUGGAAAACACCCUUUUGUGAGCGAUUUAUAUGUUGUAUGAGAAGUGUAUUUCAUGAUAAAAGAAACCAUGUUUUAUAAUAUAAAUUUAUAAUAAAAACAUUUGUUCAACUCAUUUUGUUUCGUUUUUUCUCGAUCGGUUUGAUUAACGAGCUUGGAAUUGCAGUUUACCGUAUUUGUUAUUCGAACAAUUUGAUAUGGAUUCUGAGAAUCAUUUCCCGUUAGAUCCAUUCAAUGAUGCCACUGAUGCCUCCAAUCUGCGUCGUGAAUGGGAGGAAUGGCACCGCUCAUGUGAAAUCGUUCUGGAGCUGAAGAAGAUCGAAUCUCAGCACGAAAAGCUUCUUUUUCUGCUGGCUCGGGGAGGUAGGGGCCUACAAAGAAUUUAUCACCACCUCGCACCCGUGGCGGGAGAAAUCCAUCCAGAACCGGUGAAAGUUCUGUUCGCUCCACAAGACGCUCCGGAGUACGACAAUGCUAUCAUGCGCCUCAACGCCUUUUUCGUGGGAAAACGUAACGAAAGAGUAGAACUGGAGGUUUUCCGUUCUCUCCGCCAGGCCGCUGGUGAGACAUUCAAUCGCUACUUGUUGAGAUUGCGUACGCAGGCCGCAUGCUGCAAUUUUGGUGAGCGUGAGGAGAAGGAGUUACUACAACAAAUAACUGUCGGUGCGAUGGAUGAGAGAGUGCGAGAUAAAGGUCUCGAAAGUACCCUGAAUCUGGAUGAGAUCGUGAACUAUGCGAUUAACCGCGAGGUUUUAUUGAAGCAGAAAGUGAAAACGCAUCCAUUUGGAUCCGAAAAUGGAGCCGUGGCAGUGGUUAAGCAAGAAUGGACAAAGAAGGUGAUGCCAAGGAGUGGAUAUUCCACACGACCGGUUCAGUACGAGCGAAAAUCGGAUGGUAGAGGAAGAACAGAAUGUAGCCGGUGUGGAUCUUGGCGGCACCAACGAGAAUCUGAAAACUGCAUUGCCCGAAAUACUACAUGCCACAGCUGCGGCGCUGUGGGCCACUUUGCAAGAAAGUGUACAGCUAACCGGAAUAAGUCAUUUAAAGCUCGAUACUCAUGGAAGAGAGCGGAAACUAAUGCUUUGCGAGAUGGAAAUAAUCAAAGCCCGGGAUCUGGAUAUCCAUUACGACGCGACGAACAUAAAUCUUCAGAGGUAGAAUGAGUUCUUCAUUUUUGCUAACUAUUAGUAUACAAACUGUAAAAGUUAAAUCUUGUCUAAUUAAACGAUGAAUAAAUAA